CAUACCAAGUCGCCGCUUACAUACUCAUGAUAUUAUAGUGAGGUAAGGUAGAGAGGGGAAAGGAAUCCUCCCAACGGUUCAGCGCGAACAGGUAUGCGCGCGGGCGCGAGGUCUCCCAGCCUUGCGAGACCUUACCGGUACCCUUCAGUACGGGACGAUCCUGUGGGUGAGACGGAGGUGCAUGAUGAUGAGGGGUUCUCCCGCGCGCCCUAGCUUUACCUAAUCUAGUAGCUUAUGUCGAGGUGUGUCUAGCACUACGUACAUGUCCAAUGUCCUGAGACAUAUGCGUCUUGGGGGAGGGGCGGGCAGAGAGGUUCAUGAGCGCCAUUGUGUAUAAAGACCGGACGAUCGCUUGUCUUCAUUGACGUUGAUUCUUAGAGAAGAUCAUCAAGCUACCAUUUCAACAGCACUUCAACUCUUAUUACUCCAAUUCAAUCGCACGAUUAAGGUAUUUAAUGUUGAACACUUCCCCGACAUUGAAGUGUGAUGCUCAAAGACGAACACUACGUAACUGACACUUAUAUAAAACAGAUCACCACCACAACAGAAAACCCACCCAACACACACGAAAAUGUCCAAGAAGAUCAUCACCGUUUUCGGCGCCACGGGCGCUCAGGGCGGCAGCGUCGUCAACAUCUUCCUCAACGACGCCAAGCUCAGCAAGGACUGGCAGGUCCGCGGCGUCACCCGCGAUGCCACCAAGGACUCGUCCAAGGCUCUCGCGGCCAAGGGCGUCGAGGUUGUCGCUGCCGACCUCGGUGACAAGGCUUCGCUGGCUGCCGCUGUCAAGGGCGCUUCGGCCGUCUUCGCCGUGACCAACUACUGGGACAAGAUGGACAAGGAGCUGGAGAUCCAGCAGGGCAAGAACAUUGCCGACGCGGCUCUGGAGGCUGGCGUCGAGCAUUUCAUCUUCAGUUCCCUCCUCGACGUCAACAAGCUAUCCAAGGGCACCCUCCCCGACGUGUACCACUUUGACAGCAAGGCCGCCGUCGAAGAGUACAUUCGCACGACCUCCCUCCCCGCAACCUUCUUCCUCCCGGGCUUCUACAUGGCCAACCUCCCCGGCGGCAUGUUCCGCCAGACGCCCCCCGACAAUGCCUGGGGCCUCAGCCUCCCCGUCCCCGCCAGCGCUCCCAUCCCGCUUUUUGACGCGGCGGCCGACACGGGUAAGUUUGUAAAGGGCAUCGUGCUGCACCGCGAAAAGGUGCUCGGCAAGCGGGUGUACGCGGCGACGAGCUAUGUCACGGGCGGCGAGGCGGUCGAGACGUUCAAGAAGGUGUACCCCGAGGCGGGCAAGACGGCGCGGUUCAACGAGCUCACGCACGAGCAAUUCAAGGGCGCGCUCAAGGGCCAGGGGAUGCCGGAUUUCGUGGCUGAGGAGAUGUUGCAGAACAUGAGGCUGCUCGACGAGUUUGGGUACUAUGGUGGGGAGAAGCUGGACGAGUCGCACGCGAUUGUCGAGGAUAAGUUGACGACGUGGGAGGAGCAUGUGAAGAAUGCCAAGGCCUUUUCUGGACUGGCGUAGGUCCUGGUCUACUAUGUUAGAUUGGCUUGUUAGCUUGCAAUGAGUAAAAAUAAUCGAGGUAUGAAUCCAAGUUCGUAGUUUUCGAUUGCUUCUGUGUUUGAAAGUCGGAUUAAGUGUCGAACAUAUUAUCCUGGUGAAAAAAUUGAAGCGCGGAUCAACUUGGCUCGCGGCGAGAUGGCAUGUCAGUGCUAGUAAUGUAAUGCAACAACUCUGCAGCACGAAUCGUCGAUCAUCAAAUCC